UGCACAGUGCAGACAGGAGGCAGAGUCUGUGCGCAGCAGGCAAGGCAGUGCUCAGAGUCGGCGGAUCUUAUUGUAUAGCCUAUUUUGGAGACUUAUAUAGGCUACCUUAUUAAAUUCCUUUAAUGGGUUUGGACACAUUUUUUUGAUUGAAAAUUAUGCGUUAUUAUUAUUUUUGGAGAGCAGCGGAUCAAAGGGACCAGGUUUGACUGGAUGCGCAGUGACUCCAAACAGCAGCCUUACGUUUCUCGGCAAAGUUAAAAAGGUAUCACCGAGGAGAAGAAAGGACGCCUUGGUAUUUAAGGAUUUCUAUUUCUAAAGUGAACAUACAGCUGGGAACUAUACUGCAAAGAGGACUGAUCUGAACAGGAGACGUGCUCGGAGGACAAACAGAGCCGAGCCAUGGAGGUCGCAGCGGCGGAUCAGUCUCGGUGGAUGGCGCACCAUCACGCAGUGCUGAACAGCCAGCACCCGGACUCACACCACCACAGCCUGAGCCACAACUACAUGGAGCCGAUGGCGCCUUUGCUGCCCCAGGACGAGGUUGACAUGUUUCUGAACCACUUGGACUCUCAAGGGAACCCUUACUACACCAACUCCCGGGCGAGGGUCACAUACAGCCAAGCACACGCUCGCUUAACUGGGAACCAGGUUUGCCGGCCACACCUAAUCCACAGCCCCGGGAUCCCCUGGCUGGACCCCGGGAAAGCCGCCCUGUCCGCGGCGCACCACCAUAACGCAUGGGCGGUCAGCCAUUUUAGCAAACCCGGCCUCCAUCCAGCCGGCUCCGGCUACCCGUGCAGCAGCAGCGCCGGCACUGCCUCCGUGUCCUCCCUCACCCCGGCGUCCCACUCCAGUCCGCACCUCUACAGCUUCCCCCCGACACCUCCGAAAGACGUAUCCCCGGACCCGGGUCCCACUUCUCCCACAUCCACCUCCAACAGGAUGGAGGAGAAGGACUCGAUCAAGUACCAGGUGCCGCUGACGGAUGGGAUGAAGAUGGAGAGCUGCAGCCCUCUCCGCGGCGGUCUGGCCUCCAUGAAUGGCCAGGCUGCCACUCAUCACCCCAUCCCGACCUACCCGGCCUACUCCCUCCCUGCACCUCACGACUACAGCGGCAGUCUGUUCCACCCGGGCAGCCUGCUUGGCGGCUCCUCCUCCAGCUUUACGCCUAAAUGCAAAAGCAAAGCUAGAUCGAGCUCAGAACUAUAUGCAGAGGGUCGAGAGUGCGUGAACUGUGGCGCCACCUCCACCCCUCUGUGGCGGCGGGACGGCACUGGCCACUACCUGUGCAACGCCUGUGGACUGUACCACAAGAUGAACGGCCAGAACAGACCGCUCAUCAAGCCCAAGAGAAGACUGUCGGCUGCUAGACGUGCAGGCACCUGCUGUGCAAACUGCCAGACCACCACCACCACCCUGUGGAGGCGCAACGGGAAUGGUGACCCAGUGUGUAAUGCCUGCGGCCUCUACUUUAAAUUACACAACGUCAACAGACCCUUGACCAUGAAGAAGGAAGGCAUCCAGACGCGAAACCGCAAGAUGUCCAGCAAGUCCAAGAGGAACAAACGGGCAGGGGAUGGCUUUGAUGAGCUCUCCAAGUGUAUGCAGGACAAGGCCUCACCCUUUGGCGCUGGGCAUGGCCUCACCAGCCACAUGGCCCAUAUGGGUCACCUCCCCCCCUUCAGCCAUUCUGGACACAUGUUGCCCACUCCCACGCCCAUUCAUCCCUCAUUUGGUCACCCACACCACUCCAAUCGGUCGCCAGUCUGGGCUGAGCCUCACUGAAGCCCCUGAAAGACACAGGAGCCACUGCAUCUCCUUGAACACUAAGCGGCAGAUUUUUGUUCUGUACAGUGGUUGGUCGGAGAGUAGCGACUUUCAGUUGGACUGAAUAACUGAUGGCCGUGUGAUGCCACAGCCUUGCUGAGGGGACGUUGUGGACUUUUGCAAACUCUUUCAAGAGCUACCACGACUACUCUGUCCCUCUGGAGAGUGGGGCUGGAGAGGGGAAUGAGUGAAUGGAGAAGCUUGUCAUUCUUUGUUGCUUAUUUUUACUAAGUCACUUUGGUACCCACCUCUCCAUGACCCUGUAAAAGGAGAGUCCAGAGAGGGCCUAAAAAGAACCGCUGUUUAUCAACUCAUGAUCUUAUAAAGAUAAAGUGCACCCUGUCCAUCCCCGCACUGUCGUCCAGAACUGCCGUGAUUACACGUGGACUCCUCAGUGCUUAAAGCUGCUGCAAGGCACCAACAAACCAGAGCUCUCCUCACAUGCUGGAUUGUGCACCACAAUGCUCACCUGUUUUUCAUAACUGUUUUAUUGAGAAAAAGAAAAAAAAAGACCAACAACUCAGUAAAUAGAAUGUUUAUAAAUGCUUAAUUGCUAUUAUUGUUGUUAUAUUUGAUGUUAUAAUUAUUGCUACGAUAAUUUAUUUUCACUUGUUAAACUUUCACCAGACACACAUGGAAACAUAUGAUUUUAAUUACAUGGUUAUUACGUAAAGAAAAACACUGACCUGUCUUGGGUGAAUAAAAGUCCCUGAGCUGUACGUUUUUAUCAUUUUUCCAUCUCACAAAGAAGAGAAAAUAAAGUUUAAUACUGAAGUU